UCAAGCUCCGAACUUCUCUGAAGCUCCCAACGCCUCCGAGGAGGUCCGCAGUUUCAAUCGUCGUACCAUCAUCACUUGCGGGCCCAAUCUCAAGGUAGGAGUAUUUCAUUUGUCACUACCUUGCUGGAUCGUAGUGCCAACAGCCAAGACAAAUAAAAGCACAUGGCUGCACCUGCACCUUAAACUAAUGCACCCCUACCGAAUGACCCGAACCUGUGAACCAUGGAGUGGUCACGUUCCACCUGCAUCACAGUCACAGCCGCCGCCGUGCUCCUCCUCCUCUUGCCGCGCUUCUGCUCACCGGCCGGCGACAAGUUAACCCAAGGGGAGUCGCUGACGCCCGGCGAGACCAUCGUGUCCGACGGCGGCGCCUUCGUGCUGGGCUUCUUCGCCCCCUCCAACGCCACGCCGGGCAGGCAGUACGUCGGCAUAUGGUACAACAACAUCCCCGUGCAGACGGUGGUGUGGGUCGCCAACCGGGACGCGCCGGUCACCGUCGACGAGCGUUCCGGCAAUAACUCCUCGUCGUCUGCGCCGCCGCCGCCGUCGCUUGCGCUGGCCAACGACACCACCACCACCAACAUCGUCUUGUCCGACGCCGCGGGCCGCGUCGUUUGGACCACGAACGUCGUCACUGCCGCCACGACCACCACGAGCUCAGGUGGUUCGACGACGGCCGUGCUCCUCAACUCCGGCAACCUCGUCCUCCGGUCCCCGAACGGCACCACGCUGUGGCAGAGCUUCGACCACCCGACGGACACGUUCAUCCCGGACAUGAAGGUCGGGCUGCGCUACCGGACGCACGACGGCGCGCGCAUCGUGUCGUGGAGGGGCCCCGGCGACCCGUCGCCGGGGACCUUCUCGUACGGCAUGGACCCGAGCACGUCGCUGCAGAUGCUGGUGUGGAACGGGACGCGCGCCUACUGGCGCAGCUCGGCCUGGACGGGGUACAUGACCGUCAGCAGGUACCACGCCACCACCGGCACGGUCAUCUACGUGGCCGUCGUCGACGGCGAGGAGGAGAUAUACAUGACCUUCUACGUCAACGACGGCGCGCCGCCCACGCGGUACGUGGUCACCGGCGACGGCAGGUUCCAGCUCCUGAGCUGGAACCGCAACGCGUCCGCGUGGACCACGCUCGAGUCCUGGCCGUCGCGCUCCUGCAGCCCCUACGGCAGCUGCGGCGCCUACGGCUACUGCGACAACACGCUGCCCGUGGCCACGUGCAAGUGCCUCGACGGCUUCGAGCCGGCGAGCCAGGCGGAGUGGAGCGGCGGCGUGUUCUCCGCAGGCUGCCGCCGGAGCCAAGCGCUGGCACCCUGCGGCGAGGGGGAUGCGUUCUUGGCGAUGCCCAACAUGAAGGUGCCGGACAAGUUCGUGCUCCUGGGGAACAUGAGCUCCGGCGACGAGUGCGCGGCGGAGUGCCGCCGGAACUGCUCCUGCGUGGCGUACGCGUACGCCAACCUGCGCAGCAGCAGCGCCAAGGGCGACAUCGCGCGGUGUCUGGUGUGGACCGGUGAACUCGUCGACACGCAGAUGAUCGGCGUGCUCUGGGGCAUCACUGCUGAGACGCUCCACCUCCGCGUUCCAGCAGGAAUCACAGGCACAAAGACAAGGUCAAAAAUUGUGAGAAUUCUACUACCGGUGUUGGCAAGCAUUUUUAUGCUUUCGUGCAUUUUACUUGUUUGGUUUUGCAAGACAAGAGAUAAGAAAAGAAGCAAUGAAAGUGAGAAGAAGUUGGUUCCCGGUAGUAGCGUGCGAACAUCAAGUGAGCUUGCAGAACGAACCCCUAACCCUAAUGAAGAUCUCGAAUUCCCUUCCAUGCAAUUCAGUGAUAUCGUCGCGGCGACGAAUAACUUCUCGAGAGCAUGUAUGAUCGGGCGUGGAGGUUUUGGGAAAGUUUACAAGGGGACAUUAUUAGGUGGUCGCGAGGUCGCUGUCAAGAGGCUCAGCAAGGAUUCUGAACAAGGAAUAGAGGAAUUCAAGAACGAAGCUACCUUGAUCUCCAAACUGCAGCACCGGAACCUGGUCCGGCUUCUCGGUUGCUGCACACAGGGAGCCGAGAGGGUGCUGGUGUAUGAGUACUUGGCCAAUAAAGGCCUAGAUGCAAUCCUUUUCGACAGCGAAAGGAAAUCACUGCUGGAUUGGCCAACAAGAUUGGGGAUAAUCAAGGGGGUGGCUAGGGGGCUCCUGUAUCUUCAUCAAGAUUCAAGACUGACAGUGAUACACAGGGACCUCAAAGCGAGCAAUGUUCUGUUGGAUGCAGAGAUGAGACCUAAGAUAGCGGACUUCGGUAUGGCCAAGAUCUUCGGCGACAACCAGCAGAAGGCGAACACUAGGCGGGUUGUUGGGACAUAUGGCUACAUAGCUCCUGAAUACCAAACCGAGGGCGUCUUCUCUGUCAAGUCUGACGUCUAUAGCUUUGGCGUUUUGGUCCUGGAGAUUGUAAGUGGCAUCAGAAUAAGCUCUACCGAUAACAUCAACGGAUCUCCGGGCCUUGUAGCAUAUGCAUGGAAGCUAUGGAACGAAGGGAACGCAUGGGACUUGGUGGACUCGUCCGUCGCGGAGAGCUGUGCCCUCGACGAAGCCUUGCUGUGCGUCCACGUGGGGCUCCUGUGCGUCCAGGACGACGCGAACGGCAGGCCGCUCAUGUCGUCCGUGGUGUCCAUCCUGGAGAACGGGAGCGUGUCUCUGCCGGCGCCGGAACAGCCGGCGUACUUCGCGGAGAGGAAUUGUAAUAAGUCACUAGAAGGAGACGAUGUGCAGACCUCCAGGAACUCCAUGACCAUGACUGUCCUUCAGGGACGGUAGUCAACAGAGCAGCAUUGACCUUUUUUCUUCA